CGGUUGCCGCGGCAACCAGGGGCCGGCGGCGCGCGCGGGCCGGGAGCUGAGGGGAGAGCGGAGCCGGGCCGGGGGCGCUUCCUCCCGGGAAGGCGCCUGGAGCGGAUCCCGGCCCGUGCCCGCCUUCAGAGCCGCCUUCCCACCGGCCGUGCUGGGAGGCGGUGGGUGGCGGGGCCACGGGACGGGGAGGGCGGUGUGAAAUCGCACGGCUGUAGGCAUUCUAUAAUACUACUUAGAAGAGCACGUGGAAUACAGUAUUAAAAGAAGCAGUAGAGCAGCUCAACCUAUUACAGAACCAUGGUUCAACUAACAAUGGACCUAAUUGCUAAAAAUGCCGGUCACAAGAAUCGUAGUGAAGAGGAUUUUGGACAAUAUGUGCAAAAAUUAACUCAUCUGAAUUUGUCAGAUAAAAAUAUAGAUUCAAUUGGUGACCUCACUUUCUGUAAAAAUCUGAGAGUUCUGUAUUUAUAUGAUAACCAAAUCAACCAAAUCCAGAACUUGGACUUUGCUUCAAAUAUAACACACCUUUACCUUCAGAACAAUCGUAUUUCAAGUAUAGAAAAUCUCUCAUUGCUGAAAAAACUUGAAAAACUGUAUUUAGGAGGCAACUAUAUCACUGUAGUAGAGGGUUUGGAUAAAGUAGGAGAACUGAGGGAGCUACAUAUUGAAAGUCAGCAUCUCCCUCUUGGUGAAAAGCUUUUGUUUGAUCCAGUAUCUCUUAACUCCCUGGCAAAAUCUUUGUCUGUGUUGAAUAUCAGCAAUAACAACAUUGAUGAAUUAGAAGAACUGGCAGUUUUGGAAAAUCUUUCUUAUCUUAAAGCAGUCGACAAUCGACUUAAACAUAUGAAGGAUUUGGAGGCUGUAUUAAAAAAAUGGACAAAGCUACGCAGAAUAGAUCUUACAGGAAACCCCAUCUGCCAAAAACCAAAGUACAAGGAUAGGAUUAUAAUACAGUCACUGACUUUAGAAUCACUGGAUGGGAAAGAAAUUCAUGAAAUGGAAAGACGUUUCUUAAUGAAUUGGAAAGCCUCCAGAGCUGCCAGGAAAAAAAGCAAUGAAAGAAUGACUGAUGAACAUGCAGCCUAUGUAGAAUUUUCUGACUCUGAAACUCCUUAUUUGACAGUUCCUUUUCACCCUGGUCACUCUGUGAAAGAAACAACAGAUUUUUUAGAUUUGGCUCACAAGCAGAAAUUUGAAAGAAAACCUCUGCCAAGAAUCCGUGAAAGAAGAAGUCAGAUGAAAACUCAGGUUGAGGAGGAAUCUGAAGUAGCAACAGAAUUGUUUGAAUUCUAAAAGCCAGAAGUUACAGGAUGUGAAGAUUCGGCCAUUAUUGAUUUUCUUUUUCUCCCUGAAACUUACAAAGAAAGAUACUGGUGUCCCUUUGGA